AUGAUUGUUGGAACUGAAAAUAAGGCAUCCUGUGAGACUCUGCAGAGCUCACAGGUAUUAAUAGCUUCCAGCGGAGUCACCACGAGCAUUGCCAGCUCAGCAAACGAAGCCCCCCAAUUCCUUGGCAAGAUAGGAGACUGGUUCUGGGGACUCUACUACUUUGCCACUGAUAGGAAUGAUUUCCAGAGGAACUUGAUCCUCAUUUUCGGUCUCUUUGCUGCUGGUUUUUGGCUAACCAGGAACUUGAGUGACAAUGACCUAAUGGCACUUCAACCAAGGGUCUAGCCAAGUAGACAAAUGAAAUUCUCGUGCUAUAUCUCAAAAGUGAGACAUGCUGCCAAUGCAUGAGUAUUUAUUAGGGUGCAUACUUAGAUGGAAUAUGUAUGAUCCAAAGAGGUUUGAGCUUCUCUCACAGCUGGGAAAUAUUCAGCAUGAUUGUG